GGCAGCCGGAGGCGGCGGCAAGACUCAGGACGCCGAAAGCGCAGCUUCCCGGGAGGGCCCGGGCCUACGCCCGCCGCAGGGCUGUCGACGCGCCGCCUCCGCGCGCCGCUCGUCAGACGCCGGCGGCUACUGCUUCCGAGGUCAUUCCAGCGGGGCGCGUCUUUCAGCGCGUCCAGCGGGAGCGGCGCCAACCUGCGGCCCAACUCGAGCAAAUGCCUUCCCUCUGCCCUCUCCCAGUGCUCGGCUACCGUUUCCUUCCGUUUUUGCUCCGCUCGGCGUUUCACGGCGCGCGCCGCGCAAGGCCAGGGACGGAGACGGCAGGGCCCUCCCGGCUAGGCCCGCCCCAGGAUCCCACCCCGCCGGGGGCCGUGCAGCGCCCCGCGCUCCGGCCGCUGAGCAGCGCCCGCAGUCCGAGCCGAGAGGCACAAGUCAGCUCCCCCAGCAAGAGGGUCCGGCCAGCGGAGGAGGGCGGCAUGCGGCUGCGCUUUGUCCGGCUCUCGGAGCACGCCACCGCCCCGACCAAGGGGUCCGCGCGCGCCGCCGGCUAUGACCUGUACAGUGCCUAUGAUUACACAGUACCACCUAUGGAGAAAACCCUUGUGAAAACAGACAUUCAGAUAGCUCUUCCUUCUGGGUGCUAUGGAAGAGUAGCUCCACGUUCUGGCUUGGCUGCAAAACACUUCAUAGAUGUAGGAGCUGGUGUCAUAGAUGAAGAUUAUAGAGGAAAUGUUGGUGUUGUACUAUUUAAUUUUGGGAAAGAAAAGUUUGAAGUCAAAAAGGGUGAUCGAAUUGCACAGCUCAUUUGUGAACGGAUAUUUUACCCAGAAAUAGAGGAAGUUCAAGUUUUAGAUGACACAGGAAGGGGUUCAGGAGGUUUUGGUUCCACUGGAAAUAAUUAAAAUUUAUGCCAAGAACAGAAAAUGAGAAAAUGUACUUUUUUCCUUGAAAAUAAAGACUUUGCUUACAGUGUU